AUGUCCGCUCCUUCGCCACAGAUCCUUGUCGGUCGAGUGAAAACCCUUCGCAAAGCUGCAGCCAAAGCGGGACGGGAUCCACGCUCUAUCCAGGUCUUCGCAACCGUGACGCCUAUCAUCGGCCGUAUAGAAGAAGAGGCGAAAGAAAAGUACGAGGAAGCGCUUCGGUACGCCAACCACGAGGCCGGGCUGGCCUUCUGGUCCGGCACCACAGGGAUCGAUCGACCUAAGCAAGUAGGUAUGAUCUUGACCCGGAAAAUAAACCCGAUAACGUCAGCUUCGAUGCGCGUGUAUAUUCGGUUAUCGACUCCGAGUCCCUAG